AUGUCACAGAAUUCAUAUCAAGGGCUCCAAGAAUUUAAGAAUGAAGUCCCAUUGAUUGCACAACUUCAGCACCGAAACCUAGUUAAGCUUUUGGGAUGCUGCAUUCAAGGAGAAGAAAAAAUGCUAGUCUAUGAGUACAUGCCUAAUAAGAGCCUUGACCAAUUUAUAUUUAAUGAAGCCAGGAAGAUAUUACUGCCUUGGGAAAAGAGCUUUGUCAUUCUUAAGGGAGUUGCCAAGGGAUUAAAUUAUCUUCAUUAUGAAUCCGUAUUGAGGAUAAGCCACCGGGAUCUGAAGGCAAGUAAUGUUUUGCUAGAUAAUGAGAUGAACCCCAAAAUAUCUGACUUUGGUCUGAAAAAUUUUGAUCAAAAAAAUAUAGUUCUACUUUUAAGUGGUUCCUUUGUCAUGGCUGUAGUGGUUUACAUGUCACCGGAGUAUGUGAUAAAAGGCCACUACUCAAUGAAGUCAGAUGUGUACAGUUUUGGUGUUUUGGCAUGGACAUUGUGGAAAGAGCGACAUGCUUUGGAACUGAUGGAUCUAGUUUUAGAAGGGUCGUGCAAUGAGACUAAAGUUUCUCGAUGCAUCCAAGUUGGCCUAUUGUGUGUCCAGCAUCAGGCCGAAGAAAGUCCAACAAUGUCUGAAGUGGUCUCCAUGCUGCAUGAUGAGCUUGAAAUAUUAGUUGAACCCGGAGACUGUCGAUAUGGAGAAUGCUUUAAAGAUUUAGCAAUAUUUCUUAUCAAUUUAUUUUCUUUGGCAUCCUUUGUGGAAUGGUUAAGUGUUGUGGAAAGAUUUGUGUUUGGUUUCGUAGAUCCUUUGAUCGAUGAUCGACACUUGUGUAUUCUGAGUGGUUUGAUACAAAUUGAUGAGUCUGAGAUUGCUAGAGAUUUAUGGACUGCUCUUGACAAUAUGUUUCUUACUAAAACGUUACCAAAUAAAAUCUAUCUUUUGGAAAAACUAUUUAGUUUCAGAAUGGACCCAGGAAAGGACUUAGAACAGAACCUAAGUUACUUUAGUAUUACUGUUAAGAGUUUGGCACACAAUAAUAAAAAUUUUGAUGAUGAAGACCUUGCUGUGAUUUUAUUGAAUGCAUUGCUUGAAUCACAUAAAGAUAUUAGGAAUACUAUUAAGUACUCUAGGGAUUAG